UUCUUAUAACAUUAGCCAUGGCUCCUCACAUGUCCUAUAUUGUUCUCCAUCUUCUCUUCUCUGCUUCUCGUUCAGUUCUAUUCCAUGGCUGACUCUGCAUCAUCCCCUUUCAAGAAAAUCCAGAUUCAAAGGGAUGACACUACAUUUGAUGCAUACGUGGUUGGAAAAGAAGAUGCUCCCGGAAUUGUUGUGCUUCAGGAAUGGUGGGGUGUGGAUUUUGAAAUUAAGAACCAUGCCGUGAAGAUUUCUCAGCUUGGUGCUGGGUUUAAAGCUCUUAUCCCAGAUCUGUACAGAGGAAAGGUUGGUCUGGAUGUAGCAGAAGCACAGCAUUUGAUGGAUGGCCUUGAUUGGCAAGGUGCUGUGAAGGAUAUCCGUGCUGCAGUUAACUGGCUUAAAGCGAAUGGUUCAAAGAAGGCUGGUGUAACUGGAUUUUGUAUGGGGGGUGCUCUCUCUAUUGCAAGUGCUGUCUUGGUUCCUGAGGUUGAUGCUGUUGUAGCAUUUUAUGGAGUUCCUUCUUCACAGCUUGCGGACCCUGCCCAAGCCAAGGCUCCUGUUCAGGCUCACUUUGGAGACCAGGAUAAUUUUGUUGGCUUUUCAGAUGUUACUGCUGCCAAGGCAUUGGAGGAGAAGCUGAAGGCAUCUGGAGUUCAACACGAGAUACACAUGUAUCCUGGCAGCACACAUGCAUUCAUGAACAGGUCCACAGAAGGAAUCCAGAGGAGGAAGAACAUGGGAAUGCCUGAUGAAGAUGAAGCUGGAGUUCAGCUGGCUUGGUCUCGCUUUGAGACAUGGAUGAUACGUUUCUUGUCUAAUUAGAUGAUUUCCUACCUGAAUUCUGAUGCCAUAUGCUAUAUCUGUAUUCCAUCUUAGUGAUAAUGUAGCAUCCACUUUACUGGCCCUGCAAACUGGAAGUUCUGGGUAUGCUGUUUGUUACACUUUGGUUGUUUCUUGAUAUUUGAAUGCAUCUAUGAGAACUUUGACAUGGGAAUAAUAUUGAAACGGUUGUGGUGUGGGUUUUCUGUAAUUAUGUAAAUUGUUUUGGCUAGUGGUGCCGUUGUUCUUUGUUCUUGUCAAGUUGUCAUUGACUAUUGUUA